AUAUUAUCGUCGUCCAAAAAACAAAGAACACGACUCGUUACCAUACAGUCUUCAGACUUCAGAACCUGUGUGUCUAGUGUGUACACUGUACACACUGACACUACACGACUGCACAUUGCUUUUUCAUAUUAUGCCGCUCCGCUCACUACUGGCAAGUGGCAAGGUAAUUACGAUUACCUUGACUACAACAACUACUGACUAUGGAAUAAUUAUUAAUCACAAUUUAAAUACGUCAUCGGGUACGUCACGAGUACUAUCAUCUAUUCUGUGGUAAUAUCACGGCUUUAGAUCUAAAGCCGUGGGUAAUAUCUAUACUGUGGUAAUAUCAACAAAAAUAACGAAUUCGUAUAUGACGGACGUGCACCGGCGACGCCGGCAGCAAAGUAACCGAUUCGCAACGCCGAUCCGCUCGAAAACGUUGGUCCGGCGGCAGCUCUGCAUCAGAUUCGCAUGAUCUGAACUCCGAGAUUACAACGCGGUAAAGUAAACAAACAAAAAAAAAAAACAACAAAACACAAAACGACGCGACACGACCGUCCGUAACAAUACAAAACGCCGCAACACUUUUUAACGGUCAUACUGGGGACGCGCUGCAGUCGACCUCGGGUGAAUGUUUUUCGUAUUCACGACGCGGUCGCCGGUCUACAUCAAUAGCAUUGGUGGUUGCAGUGCUGUGGGUGCACCUUUUAGGGUAAGUACAGGCGGUUAUUAUGUCCCUGAAGGUAUUCAAAGAGCACGCCGAGUUGUUUCCAAUUCGCGAUGUACCCGCCGUGGUGGCCGUGUUCCGCAGAGAGCUAGAAAAAAAAGAACCCGACCUGUUGCUGCUGUCGCUAGUGGCUGGCGCCAUCGAGAAUACGAUGACUUCUGUCCGACCAACCACCGAAGUGUCAGUUGCCGUGACGGCUGAAACCAACUUUGACUUUGAUCAGGCACCACUGAGGCUGCCCGACGUUGAAUUACACAUUGUAGAAGCACUGUACACAAAAUUCUACUCGGUCAUCAAGAGCAGCAUUGACCCAUUGCAUUUUGAUGAACGAGACGGACAUGCCAGCCGAGAACUUGUGAAAAGAGUGUCUGACGUCAUAUGGAACACGCUGACUAGAAGUUACUACAAGGACAGAGCACACUUGCAAAGCAUGUAUAGCUAUUUAACAGGUUCAAAAUUGGACUGUUUUGGUGUUGCGUUUGCUGUAGUAGCUGCUUGUCAAAUACUCGGUUACAAUGAUGUUCAUUUGGCUUUGUCUGAAGACCAUGCAUGGGUUGUAUUUGGUCCAGAUGGUAGUGAAAAUGCAGAGGUUACGUGGCAUGGAAAAGGAAAUGAAGAUAAACGUGGACAAAAAAUUAAAGAUUCAGGACCAGGUCAUAGAUCGUGGCUUUAUGUUAAUGGCCACCCUGUAGUUUGUAAUAGGCAUAUGGAAGUAUCAGCAUUAGUAAGUUCCAUCAACCCAAGUAUUAAUCAAUCUAAUGAUGCAUUGGAAGUUGCUACUCUUCAAAAACAUCUUUUGUGGCUUCUCUAUGAUGAAGGACAUUUAUCAAAAUUUCCACUUGCUUUAGGUAAUUUAGGCGAUUUGGAAGAAUUAAAUGCAACACCUGGAAGACCUCAUUGUACUAUCUUAUUUGAAGAAGCUAUUUCAGCUGCUCGUAUAUACUAUAAUGAUAUGUUUGUCUAUCCAUAUACUUACCAAGGUGGAUAUUUCUACAGACACAAUAUGAUUAAAGACGCUUUUGCAAGUUGGGCCAACGCUAGUCAAGUUAUAAGCAAAUAUAAUUUUAGUAAAGAUGAUGAAGAGUUAUAUAAAGAAAUGAUGGAUAUUGCUUAUGAAUUAAUACCAUACUCAUUGAAAGAAAUGACAUGUGGCAAAAGUCGAUCAAUAUUAAAUAAUCCACAAUGUUAUGCAUAUGUGUUACUAAUUUAUGAUGGCCUUUGUCUUUGGGAAGAAGACGGUACAACCCCAGUAUUACAUAUUAAAUGGGCAAAACAUUUUAUAAAUUCUAUUUCUAAGUUUGAUGAUAGUGUGAGAACAAGACUUAUCAUAUUAGAACCAAAAGAUUCUGAAAAUGAUACUGAUCUAAUACAAGAUUAUCAUGAUAAUAACAUGAAUAAUAAUAAUCGUCCACUACCUAAAGAAAUUUUAAAUACUAUACCUGGUACAGAAGAAGAAACUAAGUCAGAACUCCACCCUGGCAUUGAAGCACUAACUGCGGCUUGUAGUGAACGAAUAUUAAAUAGAGAAUUCUUAUUACAAGGUGGUGGAGAACCUUUUGUAGGUAGUUCUGAUUCAUUACCUAUUCCUACUACUACACCUCAAACACCUAUUUUAGAAACAACAAUAAAAGAUGAUGAACCUGAAACUAAAAUUGUGUUGAAAAGUAAAAAGAUGAGAAGUAUGAAAGAUUUACUAAUUGCAAAAAAAUUGAAUACACAAGCAAUUAGUUUACAAAUGAGUGCUCAGUCUCAAGGUGGAAAACGUCAUGCACCUAGAGAUACUGCAGAGCCUAUAUCCAGGCGGAGUAGAAGAAAUAACUAAUAAAAUGUAUACUAAAAAUGCAUAAAACGUAAGUGCAAUUUUUUCUUUCAAAUAAUAAUUUAUUUUACAUUGAAAGACUAUUAUUAUGUUACUUAUAUUUUAGGAGUUUAAAUUCUUUGCAAUGACUCAUAGUUUAGCUCAGUAUUUUAUUAGGAAUCUCUUAUUUAAGAUACUUAAUCUAUAUAUAUAUAUAAAUAUAUAUUUAAAAAAUUAUAGGUAUUAAUAAUAUUAAAAAUUGUAAUGAUAAAUAAUAAUAAUAAUGUUAAUAAUUUAACAGGAAAAUUAGUUGUUAAUGAUAAAAUGUUGAAUUUGACAAAGUGAUUAAUUAGUGUUACCAUAAACAAUAUUUAAAUAUAAAAAUACUAAACUUUAAAUUAGUAAUAUCCUAAAUUUUUGUGAUUUAAAAUUUAAUUUUGUAUUUUGCAUUACAAAAUUAUAAGUUUAAGGUAUAGACAGUGUCACUGUAUACCCACUGUAUGAAAAUUAUACAGUAGUUCAACCUAAGAAUAAUGAUAUUAUUUUGGAAUGAUUUAAUUGGAAAAAUGUUGGAAUAGAUGCAAAAAUAUUUUGUGAAAUUGAGAUCAAUUGUAAUUUAGAAUAAACAGAAAAAAAGAGGUGUACUAAAAAAUUUUCUCUUUUAGUUAAUAGUUAGCAAUUUAAACUUCAAAUUGUUUUUGUUGUGUAAACUUCAAUAAUUUUCAAAGUUUUUAUAGUUAAUGUAUUUAAUAUAGCUUUGAUAAAAGAAUUGGACAAAAAAUAUUAUUUACUGAUAUAAUAAAAAUCAUUAAGAUAGGUUGUGUACAUCAAAUAUAUUUUGUUUAAAAUUCUAUCAAAUACCCUCUUAUAAAUAUUUCUGGUUAUGCUACUUAUACUAAUUUAACAUUUUCACAUUUUAUUAUAUUGUUAACUUUUAGGUACUAUUAUUUUACAAUAUGAGUUAUGAUUAAGUCGCCAUUUUAAAAUUAUAAUGACAUCUAAAAUAUUAUAGUAUCAUGACAUUUUGAUUAAUUUAUAAUUUCAAAAAUGGGCAUAAAGUGUAAUAAUUUUUAAUAUUUAAAAAUAAACUUAUAAAUAAUACAUUUUAUUUUAUUACACAAGAUAAAUGUAGUUAAAGUACAAUACUUAUCCCACAGUUUAGUAGGUAUAGUAAAAGAAAAAUCUUAAUUAAUUAUAUAUUUAAAGAUUGAAGUGACUUGAUUUCUAAUUACCGUACAUUUUCAAAUGAAUAAAUUCAUUAUUAUUUAUCUGAUUAAAAAAGUUUGAAAACCUAUAUUAUUGUAUUAAAUUAUAAAAUGCUUAUGAAAUUAUUGUUGUUUGUAUUUACUUGCCAAUAAGUUACGAUUUGUAGAGUAUUUGUAUAAUUAUUUAUAAAUAUAGUCAUAGGCAUAACUAAGAAACUACUUCAGCUGCUCUAAAUUCUACCUAAGCUAUGACAAAAUAUUGUAUAAAUAAAUACAUUUUUAGUAUUCCAAAAUAAAUAACCGCAAAGACUUAUUUGUUUAUUAAUCAAAUAGUUACAGCUGUAAAAUAUUUAAUUAAUGUGCAUAAUUACAAAAAGUAAUUUUAAUCAUUCCAAAUCCCAAAUUAAUAUUACAGGGUUUGCAUAAUGUUUUGAAUUUACUAAAUUGAAAAUGUGACAUAACUAUUAUAGUUAUGCUUAUGACUUAUAAGCAAUCUUAAUGUGAUCCUUAAUUAAUGGAUGGAUUAUAUGUUUGUAAGGAUUUAGUAACCUGUGAUAAUGAAAUAACCAUUUUAUAAUUUUUAUUUACAAAUAUUUUUACAUUGUCCUAACAUAUUAUUCUUUUGUCCAAAUGUAAUUGUAAUAUCGUAUACAAUAUCUCCUCAUCUUGACAUUUUUUUUGUAUCUUUAAAACCUUUUUUGUUGAAUAAUUCUUAUCUUUCUAUUUAUUGUUUAUUACUUAUUUCUUACUGUUAUAUUUAUACUUAAGAGAUAGUCUUGAUCGUAAAUGUUUUUGUUUCCAUUGUUUAAAAUUUUUAAAAAUAAUUUAUAGUUAAUAAGAACUAGUCAAACUAUCAUAUUACAGUGAAAUAAUUAGCCUGUAAUUUCUUUAAUCCCAAAUUAGUAGUCAGUCAGGGAAGUUAAUCACUCUCAUUUUGUGAGGAAGUGAAGAGGGGCGAUUUAAGAUUUAAAAAUUUGUUUAGUUGUGCUAUAAAUCAAAUUUUAAUUUAAUAUCUAAUAAUUUAAGAAUAAUGAUUUAUAAGUAUGAUAAAUAGCCAAUAAUAUUUUAUUUUAUUGCAAAGCAUUAGGCAUACUUACUCCCAUAUUUUACUUCAAUAAAAAUAUUUAUUUAAAUUAUGAUUUUUGGAAUUUUUAAAUAUAAUUAUACCCAAUUAUUUAAUUUUUUUAUUUCAUUUAAGAAGUUAUAUAAAUAUAUAUAUAUUUUUUUAAUAUAUUGACAUUCUAAGUCAAAAUUGGAAUAACUAGUUUUUUCUCUUCUUGGGUUAUUAAAAUAUAUGUACGAAAGAUAAUUAAUAGUUCUUAAAAAUGGUUUACAAAAAUAUAAAAAAGUUAAAUUACACAAAAAUUAUUUUUUCAAAUUUUUAUUUAAACAAAUAAGUAGUUAUUUAUCCAUGAACAUUCCUUAAAAAAUUAAAAUUAAUUGUUUAUUAAAGGGGGAAAACGAGUGAGACUGAAUCUUCCCUAUAUAUAAACAUUCAACAUAUGUUUUAUAUUACUAAUAUUCAUAUGAUACAACACUCAAUGAACAGAAAAUCAAUCCAAUAUAAUAUCUCUAAACCCUGCAGCAUAAAAAAAUUAGUUUAAUUCUUCUUCAAUCAGUCAUCAGUAUUUUACUUAUAUUUUAUAAGAAUUAUGGAUAAAGCAUGGUUAUUGUAUUUUAAAAAUCGCUCCCCUUCUUUAACCCACUCUUGCAAUCUAGAUAUUCUAUAAUUUUGUUUUUAUUUUAUUAUGCCAACAAUUCAAACAAUUUUAUUUCUUUUAUUUACCCUUGAAGAUUAUUGAAAUCAUUUUGAAUUAUUUAAUGACAAUGUUACACUCAAUAAUUUUUUUGUUGUCUAUUGUUAGGCAUAUUAUUGUUAUGUUAUAACUUAUUUGUUAACAUUAAUAAUUAAUCUUAAAUACAUAUAUCAUAUGUAUAUAUGUAUAUAUUUUUGUAUGAUGAAAUUUUGAACCUAGUCCUUGCAAUUAAUAUUUAUCUUAACGUCUCAAAAUAUUUGUGAAAAAUGUAUAAUUACAUUACCUUAAAAAAAUUGUUAUAUAUUUUUAAAUGUUUUAUUUCAUGACAAUAGCUAUAGGUUAUUAAAAUCUAGUGAUUUUCUAUAUUCCAUGUAAUUCAACUACAAUUUUUACCAUUAAAAUAAUAAUAAUUGUAUUUAAUAUUUUAUAAUUAUUGAGCUGUACUUAUAUAUAAAUGUGAAAUAAUUAAUAUUAAAAACAGAUUUUUAAAGUAAUUAGUAUUUAAACUAAGCUUUAAUUUUAAUUAUUUUAUAUUGGUAAAUAGGAACGCAUAUCUUUAUCAUUGAUAUUUUUUUAGAUUUCAUUAUUUAAUGAAAAUUAUUUAUAAUAAUUUACUAUAAGUAUUAUCUUAAAUAGUGAGUUGAUUAUAAUGUUUAUUUAUUAACUUGAUGCUUAACUAUAAAACCGUAUAUACUAACCAUUAGGUUAGUUACCAUAACCAUUUGAAAAUGUUUUAUUUUUAAAAUUAAUUUUCUUCUUAUAAUAAUGCAACAACCAAAAAUAGUACAGACGUGAGAUUCCUUAUAAAUCAUUUUUAAAUAAUAUUAACCUACUUUAAAAUUUUUUCAAACCUUUAAAAUACUUGUGCUGACAUACUCAUAAAAAGUACAUAAUACUUUAUCCUAUUAAGUCUUGGUUAUAAAGCUACUGUGUUACAGAAAUUGCUGUUACUAUAUAUUUUUUUUUAACGUUUAAUUUUUACAGCAAUAUUGCAAUAAAUGUUAAAGUGUAUUUAUUUUAAUUUUAGAACCUUAUCUUUAACAACUUAAGUAUUUUAACAAAAAUAAUAGAUACAAUUCUUUUAUAUAAAAAAAAAAAUUAU